ACGUCAACCCGUGCACGGCAUGGGACGUGAAUCCAUGCGGUGCUGGCAGGUGCAGUGCGGUGCGGUCAGCAGCCACAGGCACAUACACCAGCACGUGCUCGUGCCCUCUCAGCCAGCCCAGCUACAAGCUCCCCCAAAUGCCGGCCUUCCAAACGUGCUUCAAUGAAUUCCCCGCAUGUCGUCUUAACAGCACUGAUACCUGUGCGCCUGGCGUGUGCCUGGAGGGCUAUGAUGCCACCUCCUUCUGCCUCUGCCCGCCCUCCUUCUUCCCCAUCGACUACUCUUACCCCCUCAAGCAACCCUGUAACCAAGGACACCCUGUAACUCUGAUAAGAGUGGGUGAGUUUGCCACUCGAGUGCCGUUCUUCCCAGCACCCCCCGGCCUCACAUGCCCUCUGCUGCUCGACGUCUUUGACCUCUCACCUCAAGAGCUGCUGGACAGCAACCAGGGCAUGGCAUGUGACAAGCCCAUACCUCGUGGCUUGGUAGUCAACGUGUCGGCAUCUGCCAAUAAGACCUGCACCAGCAUGUAUACUACCAACCAGGGUGACACAUGCACGUCAAUCAACAGCAUCCUUGAGACCAACAUUACAGAUCUUAACCGUAACAUUGACUGCUCGCAACCUCUUGUACCUGGAAAGCGCAUGUGCGUUGAGAACUACAGCAACACCCCCACCUUCCCCGUGGCGGGCUGCAAGGAUCGCAAGGCGCUCCAGCCGAGCCUGCACACGUGCCAGCAGGUCGCCGCGUUCAGCAUCGGGUGGAACCUCAUGAGCUACUCAAAGACGUUCCGCAUUAACCCUGCUCUCUACUGCGACCACCUGCUGCUCGGUGCAGCUGGGUGGGCCGACUCUGUUCUCGACUCGGUGUGUUUACUAGUGGAAGAGGUGCUGGGUUCCGGAGGAUUGCAGUGUCAGACUCGUUGGUUCUACCUCGUGAAAACAGGAGACACAUGCGCCAAGGUGAUUGCGACUCGAUACAAACGGAAAGUGACCCUCUUCCGGUCACUCAAUGGAGGGUAUGACUGUACCACGUCAUCGUUGUGGGAGGGCAUGCAGCUGUGCUUACCAUGA